UUUUGUUUUGCCUUUCAACUUCGCAUUUCCGAUUCAAUUACAGUAGUUUUCUCUCUUCUUUCUUUUGCAAUGGACUCGCGCAAGGAGGAGCUCGAGAAGAAGCGCGCCAAGCUCGGCUGAACUGCGGCGCCAGCGUGAAGAGCGCAAGCGUGCAGCACUCCAGAGCCAGCAGCAGUCUACUGCUCCCACUUAGGCCUCCUCGAGCAGGUUGGACACAAACGACAUUAACGAUUUGGUGAAUUCACUGGUUGGUGACCGGGCGCGUUCGCCUAGCAUCACGCAUCCACGACGCCGAGCCGCUGUCGCCUGUAGCAUCGUCGUUUUCAGCACAUGUGCGGGCGGCGGCCAGCGCACCGCGGUCAGAUACGCCCGACAGCAUGUCAACAGGAGCGAUGUCACCGCGGCCAGUAGCACAGCAACGGCUGGUUCCCGAGUUCACCACAACCGAGACCGUGAUUUUUGACUUUGCACCCAAGGAGAAGGUGGCAUACAACAAGGAGACACAGACCAGCGAGGCAGUGGCCGAGGACACUGGACUAAUUGCCGAGGAGGAGGUUGAGCGGCGUGACGAGAAGGCGAGGCAGGAGCGCGAAGAGGAGCGCAUGCGUCGCGAGGCCGAGGCCAAGGCCAAGGAGAACGAGAUCCGGCGGCUGACUGAGGAGCAGCGGGCGGGCAUCCUGCAGUCAACCGAGUUUGCUGGGUUUGUUGACACCAUGUCGCGUGUCAUGGAGCGCGCGCUCGACGAAGACUACGAUGUCAUGCUGGCAAUUGCGUUCAGCGACGACCGUGUGUCGCGUGGUCGCUCAGUCAUGGACGUUGCCUGGUCGGGCCGCUUUACAGAGCUGGUAGCUGCCGCCUAUAACCGGAACCCAAUGGCGCCCAACGAGCCUGACGGUGUGGUGGCGAUCUGGAACACGCAUCUGAAAGAGCGGCCAGAGUUUGUGUUCCACGCUCCGUCCGACGUGCUGAAGGUGACCUUCUCGGACUUCAACCCGAAUAUUAUCGUUGGCGGUGCCUACUCGGGCCAGAUCCUGCUGUGGGAUACGCGUGCCAGGUCGCAGCCCGUGCUCAAGACACCGCUGACGUCCGGAGGACAUACGCAUCCGGUGUAUGCCCUGAAGCUGAUCAGCGCCAGCACUGACGGACUUGUGUGCUCGUGGCAGCUGGAUAUGCUGGCCCAACCGCAGGAAACCCUGGAGCUGGCGCAUCCGGCGCAUCUGCGCACUGACGAGGUCUCGACAACGAAACCAGCUGCCUUUGUUGCUGGCACUGCCGAAGGCGUGGCUUACCAGGUCAACCGCUAUGACCGCGCAGGCAGCAAGGCUGGACUUGCUGGCUUUGACGCCUACCGCGCCCAUACCGCCCCACUGACAUCGCUGUCAUUCCAUCCCGCCGAUCGCCCUGCAUCGACUGUGCCCACUGAUAUCCGUCCUGUGCAUGUCUUUGAUGCCUUUGAUGACUAUGUGUGCGAUGCAAAAUGGUCGCCGUCGCAUCCCAGCUGUCUGCCAGUGCAGACUGUCAAUGUGGGCCGUGCCCUGAACCGCCUGGCCUGGGAUCGCCCGGGCAAGCGUGUGGCUACCGGUGGUGCCGACGGCACAGUGUAUGUGUACGAUGUUGGAGACCUGGCCACGCCCAAGCCCGAUGACAGCGCAAAGUUCUCCCGCGUCAUCAGUAGUCUGUCCAGCUGAACCACAAUUGGCAUUUGCCACCAGCCUACUAACUCGUAUCCUUUUACUACUAUACAAGAUUCUAUAGUCCAAAAAUGCCCGACCGUCCGCUAGAACCUUAUUAAUUGGAUUAAAAGUAAAGCUCUUUUAAGCCUUCAAAGCGAGUUCUGGGUGACUUGCUCCUGUAAGCUCCCUUUUGAUCUUGCGCGGCAUCUGACCUCAUCGGUGAAACCAGGGUGACAAGCUAGUAUUGUAGUGGUCACAGGUCUCCACUAGAUAUCUCCACUGGUUCAGCGCAAGAGCUGCUCUCAUUGUCGGUCGGCCUGAUAACUUCCAUGGCGUCAUCAUGGUGGUCAUCAUCAGCUGCGCAACACUCAGGAUAUUUAUUUAUGAGCACCUAUUGAAUGAGGCCAUGUAACUCUUCUAGCGGUCAUGCAAUAUUUGUG